AGAACACGCAAAAACCAUGUUAGGAAAAAUUCAUCGUCAUCAAGCUUUGUGUUGUUUACAGUUAUCUCUGUUUUACUGUGCCUUACAUAAAGUUAUGACAGAUGAUCCUGCUAUUCGAAAUAAAGAAAUGGCUGAAGCAUUUUCCAGAGCUAACAAGGGGUUCAUGUUGAGUCUUUUAAAGAAGUUUCCAUCGGAAUCCAACAUUUUUUACUCGCCCUUCAGUAUUUCAACUGCCCUCGCAAUGAUUCAUUUAGGCUCAGGAUCACAAACUUUAACAGAGAUGAAGAAAGCUCUUCAUUUCAACGAAAUGGAUAAAGAUGUUUACGCUGCAUUCAAUAUGUAUUUAGAGUUUCUGUCGAAGGAUAUUGAAAACAACACACUGAAAACAUCAAAUAGAAUUUUUCUAAGUAUGACAUCUUCAGCAGAAGAAUCCUUCCUACAAAACUGUAUCAAACAUUUCAAUGCAACUCUAGAAUCAAUGGAUUUCUCUAAGCCUGAAACAUCAACCAAAAGUAUCGAUUCCUGGGUCAGUCAGCAAACUGAAGACAAUCUUCAUUUACAUCCAAUAAAUGACAGGACACUGGUUCUAAUUAAUGCAAUCUACUUUAAAGGAAACUGGAACAAAAAAUUUAAAACUAGACAAACAAGAAAAAUGAAUUUCUGGAAUGGCACAGCAAAUUUCAUGACAGAAAUAAUGUACCAGAAGGAUUAUUUCAAAUUUUGUCAUGUUUCAAACUUGAAUUUUGAUCUUCUUGAACUUCCCUUUGAGGGCGAAUUCUUUAGCAUGUUAAUUCUUCUACCCACAGCUAAGCAUAAUUUAGAGGCAGUGGAAAAGGAAUUAACAGAAAAUAUUCUUAAAAACGCGAUUUACAACCUACGUAAACAAAAAGUUGAAGUAUACCUUCCAAAAUUUAGAAUUGAGUCUGCCUUUUGGUUGAAAUCUAUUUUAUCGUCAUUGGGUAUGGUAUCAGCAUUCCAAAACAAAGCUGAUUUUUCAAACAUGUUCAAAAAUACAAAUGUAAAAAUGGGUGUUAGUUUGCAUAGAGCCUUUGUCAAUGUGGAUGAGGAAGGCACUGAAGCUGCAUCAAUCACAGGAGUAGUCGCUACUUUGAUAUCCGUCCAAAACACUCCAAAGUUUCAAGCAGACCGCCCGUUUCUCUUUUUCAUUUGUGAUACUGUGAAUGACGUCAUACUAUUUACAGGAAGAUUUUACUGUCCAGUCAGAGUUAAAGGUAACUCCAAUUAA